AUGGUUCUUGAAAUCCGAAUUCACGAUGAUGAUGAAGAAAAUGAGGAAGAAGAGUUUAACUACUUUGUUUCUGGUUCACAAGGAGAAUGGCCAGAGUCUUAUGAAAGAAGAAUAGCUAGGCUAUUUGAACAGCUGGAGGAAAAACUAACUCACUUAGAGGAGAGAAUCUCGGAGAACCAAGGUACCUCCAAGGUUAGCCAAGAAGUUUGUAAAAGGGUAAAUCAAAUUUUUAAUAGAAUUGAGCAAAUUAACCAGAAUAUUAACGACACCUUAAGAAAUUGGAGAAUUGAACUUGCAGGAAAUCCUCUAGAAUACAGAGAACAAAAAGAGGUUCUUGAAAAUUACCUAGCUCAGCAAAGAACUGCUCUUGACAGAAUAGCGUUCCUAAACCGAAAAGUUGAAGAUCUACAAAGCAGAAAGGUUGAAACAGAAUCUAUGGGAUUCGGGAAAUUUAAUUCUUAUACUAACAGUCAGCCCCAUCACUUAGAAGCAUUCACUGGAUACGAAGUUCAUAAUAACCAUAAUCAAAGCUACCGGCUUCCUCACCAAGAUUCCUCAUAUGAACUCCAAAUUGAAGAUGAUAACUUUAGACAACAACAACACCAGACACAUUACAUGUCUACAAUGCAAAACAAUCAGCAAACUUUUGAUAUGGUAGACAGACAAAUUGCUCAAGAAACUGCUAUCGGAUUAGGUCAUAUCCAAUCCCAAAUGUACGAAGCUAAUCAAAUCUUCAAAAAUUUAGCAUCCAUGGUUAAUGAGCAGGGAGAGACUAUACAAAACCUUGAAACUACUAUUGACAAUACCGUGUACACUGCCAAACAAGCUGUUGGAGAACUCAGAAAAGCCUAUAAUUCCAGUACAUACAAGUUCUCUCUCUUAGCUAAUUAUGGUCUUCCCGGUUUCCUUCUACUUAUUCUCGCAUUAAUUCUAACACUAUACUUUUUACAUAUAAUUUAA